AUGUCAGGAAUUGAAGUUCUUUCUUGUGCUGUUGGCCUGGUCUCACUAAGUAUCCAGCUCACAGAGUCCGUGGUAAGGCUGAAGCGGGUUUAUAAUGCCGUCAAAGAUGCCCCACGGCGCAUCGAGUCUGUGGUCUUCGAUCUCGAAACAAUGGCUAUUGCUCUCCGAGAGCUAGAACAUCUUCGGUCCCAAGGGAGAUGUAACGACGCUUCCCUUGCACGUUGCGCCACCAGUUGUGAACAACGUAUUUCAGAGAUCAGGGCGGUCGUUGACAGAAUAGAACUCUACAUGGCGAGCUCGUUUAAGCUCAAAGGCAGGCUCUAUGCCGUCUUCAAAACGUCCGACAUGAAAGAUCUCCUCAACGAUCUUGAAGGGACCAAGAGCUCACUCAUGAUCGCUUACGCCAUGUACAAUGCUGCAGAGCAACGGCAACGAGAUGAGGAGCAAGUUCGGCUCAUAAAUGACCUUCAGAACCAGCUGAUGGCUGCAAAUGCAGACACUUUGCUCCAGUUAUCCACCCUCAUACCCCCGGCUCAGACAUUCCGACCAUCAAUCCAAACGACAGAACGUACAGCUUCAACCUUUGAAAGCCAACUGAGCAAUCCCCAGCCCACUGAUACAAGCCCCCAGAACCAAAUACAACCACACCCUUAUAUCCCACUACGCCGGCCGAGGCGGAACAACGGCGAGAAGAGAUUUGUGGCAAAAUUUCGUCUGCCAACGUGGUUGUGCUCACGUGUUUGGAACUUCGCCGUGAUGUCCAAUCUGCAUGGGUGGGAUGUUCUUUUCCGCACCUAUCGCAUUGUACCGAGAGACUCUCCGAUCGUCCUAGCAUGCGCAGUCGGCAAUCUACUAGAAUUUAGGAGAUUGAUUGAGAGUGGUGAGGCAUCAUUAUUAGAUGCGUUUCACACUGGAUGGUCGGAGACGAACCUAUUGGAAUGUGCUACUAUGUACAGCCAACUUGAAAUAUGUCGCUACAUUCUUACCAUGACUCGUACCUAUAACAGCAAAGCACUAAGUAGCGCUUUUUUACAAUGGGCCAUGCGCGGUUCCGGCUACAGAAUAGAUGAUGUGUAUCGGCUAUUUCUAAGUCACCCCGGUUGGGACUACGAUCUCGACACUGAAGACUCGUCUGCUUGGCCCUUCGGGCCCCUCUGGCUCAUUUUCUGCCCCAAUUCAUUCUGCUUUCAAUUGAUCCUGCGUUCUCAGUCUCGGGAACUUUGCGCCUGGUCUGUGGAGGACAGGUUUGAGCUCUUAUAUGCUAAUGGCGAGCUUGGAUGCGCGCAAUUUCUCGAUUGCAUCGGCUUGACUCAGACUGACCAGAGGCUGGCCAACCUAAAGACUCGCAAUGGCUAUACCCUUCUGCAUCAUGUUGCCAGCCAUUGUAGGAAGUACGGUUGUGAUACUCAGCAAUGGCUCAACCUGGGCAAGACCCUGAUCCGGUGGGGCGCAGAUCCUUCUGCUAUCAAAUCAUCAGGAUACUACACACCACUAAAUGACUUGAUUCAAGCAGGCGAGCACGUGGGACCAAACAUGCUGCUAAGUCGCCUUCGUCUUUGGAUCCAGAUGCUGCAGGAGGCGGGUAUUGAUCUUGAAGAUUAUGGUGCGAAGGAGAGCCGGACAUGGGGACCAAUUCACGGACAUAGAUUAUUCGUUGAAGCCUUGACAUACGGACCUGUAUCCACAGACUGGAGCUUUGUGGUCAGAUCGAUCCGAACGGUGCCCAUAUACAGGCUACUACAGCCUCCGGGAGCCUUUAACAUCAGUCACAGUGUCCCUGACAAGAUAUUGUGGCAUCCUGGUCGCGUGGAGUUGGAAGAAGAAGGCCAUUGGACACAGGCCGGCACAUUCAGUCAAAUGUCACCAACAGUGGACAUGCGAAACAUGACGACUCGGGGACGAUCAUGCUCUUGUGUGAUCGCGCUGCUUCCCGACCACUACCCCGGACCAGGUCGCACAGCCAGCCUCCGUGCCUCAAGCGGCGAGAAGUAG